AUGAACAACAACAACAACAACAAUGAUACAAUGAUCGUCACCGAUUAUUACGACGACAACUUCGUCCCCGGUACAACCAACGUCUUUUUCUCCAACGAUCAAUCCUCAAUCUCCAGUGGCCGUCCCUUGAAAAGAAACAAAGAUGGAAUCAUCUUAUUACCCCAACCUUCCGAUUCACCCAAUGAUCCAUUAAAUUGGUCCACGUCAAGAAAAAUGUGGCAUUUCAUCUUAGUAUCCUUCAUCACCGGUCUAACUGCCGCCACUUCAAAUAGUGCCGGUGCCGCCCAGGACUCGUUGAAUGAAGUAUAUGGAAUCUCAUAUGAUGCGAUGAAUACCGGUGCUGGUGUAUUGUUUAUAUUCAUUGGCUGGAGUUGUAUUUUCUUCGCGCCCGCUAGUUCGUUAUAUGGAAGGAAAAUCACCUAUAUUAUCUGUUUGGUAGCUGGGACUGCUGGGUCCGUUUGGUUUGCGAUGUCGAGGAGGACUUCGGAUACGAUUUGGAGUCAGGUGUUUGUCGGGAUGUCGGAAGCUUGUGCUGAAGCACAAGUGCAACAAUCGCUUUCGGAUAUUUUUUUCCAACAUCAAUUGGGGUCCGUGUUGACGGUUUAUAUUUUGGCGACUAGUAUUGGAUCUUUCUUGGGUCCGUUGAUUGCGCAUAUUAUUUCCUUGCAUCAAUCAUUUAGAUGGGUUGGUUGGUGGGGAGCGAUUAUUUGUGGGUUUACGAUUGUGCUUAUUUUGUUUGCCUGUGAGGAGACGGUGUUUGAUAGAUCGAAAUAUAAUCAAGUAUUGGAUUCUUCAAGAGUUGAUCAACAAGAACAAGAACAACAAGAACCACUUGAAGAAAAGGAAGAAUUGAAGAAGACUGAAUCAAUUGGUCAAACAUAUAGUUAUGAAAACACCAGUGAUGUCAUUGUCGCUGAUCAAGAAUCCAAUCAAGAAAAAAUAAAACCAUAUCUCGAACGUAUGGCAAUCAUUACCCCUUCUCCAUAUUUAAUCGGAUCGGGAUUCAAACAAUAUAUCCAAAGAUUCUUUAUCUAUUUCAAAGUCUUCACCCUCCCUGCCGUCUGGUUAUCCGGUCUCCUUUGGGGAUUGCAAGAUGCAUACAUGACUUUUUUCUUAACCACCCAAGAUACUUAUUUCGGUAGUCCACCUUGGAAUAAAUCCGAAACUGGAGUCGCGGUAAUGAAUGUGGCCACUUUAAUCGGGGCCGUGAUUGGAUGUAUAAUGUCCGGUUAUUUUUCUGAUAAACAUGUCUUAUGGAUUGCGAAAGGUAACAAUGGGAUUAUGGAACCGGAAUAUAGAUUAUAUUUAUUAUUUAUCACUUUGAUCAUCUCCCCUGCCGGGUUGAUUAUGUUUGGUGUCGGCGCGGAAAGAGAAUGGCCCUGGCAGGUGAUUUAUGUCGGAUUGGGAUUCAUUGGAUUCGGAUGGGGGUCGAUUGGUGAUACUGCUAUGAGUUAUUUGAUGGAUGCAUAUCCUGCGAUUGUUAUUCAAGGGAUGGUUGGGGUUUCGAUUAUUAAUAAUACUUUGGCUUGUGUUUUUACAUUUGUUUGUUCUCCUUGGUUGGAUGGAGCAGGGACGGCGAAUACAUAUAUCGCGUUGGCGGUGAUUGAUUUUGUUAGUAUUGCUGGUAUUAUCCCGUUUUUAUAUUGGGGGAAGGAUUGUAGAAGAAGAACAAAGAAAUUAUACGUUGAUAUGGUUGAAUUGACCCAAGGGAUGGGUUAA